CGCCGCCAUGACGGACUUUAAACUCGGGAUUGUGCGGUUGGGCCGGGUGGCCGGGAAGAUCAAGUACACGCUGAUUGAUGAGCAGGACAUCCCACUGGUGGACAGUUAUGCCUUUGAGGCUCGCAUGGAAGUGGAUGCAGACGGCAAUGGCGCCAAGAUCUUCGCCUACGCAUUUGAUAAAUACAAAGGGAGGGGCUCUGGCCGCCUCCUUCACGAAUUGCUCUGGCAGAGGCACAAAGGAGCUAUAGCCCCUGGGUUUCACGUGGUACACUUAAACGCCAUCACUGUGGAUAACCGACUCGAUAACCUGCAUAUUGUUCCUCGGGGGUGGAGACAGCCGGUUGAAGAAGUGUCGAGUAAGCAGAGGGAACAAUCUCUUUACUGGCUGGCCAUACAGCAGCUCCCUACAGAUCCCAUCGAAGACUUGUUCCCGCUGCUGAACAUCACGCGAUGCUACAAUGCCAACGGGGAGGUGGUGCGCGAGGAAGACAACUCCUGCACAUACUAUGAAUGCCAUUAUCCUCCUUGCACCAUGAUAGAGAAACAGCUACGGGAAUUCAACAUCUGCGGGCGCUGCCAACUAGCAAGAUACUGCGGGACCCAGUGCCAACAGAAAGACUGGCCGGCCCACAAAAAACACUGCUGCGAGAAAAUCCGCAUUUCCCAGUAUGAGCCAGAACCGGAACGGUGACUUUGGGGGAAACGGCGGCCCGGUCAUGUGACCUGGAUGUUUUUUGCACACUUAACGGCGGACUAGUUCCUAGAGCCGUAGGCACUGAGGAUCACCCUACGGGUCCUUGUUUGGGGAACUGUUGCCCUGUGCUGCCUCGAACUGUAAGGAACGGACUUCCCGCCCUUGCGCCAGUAUCGAGAGACUACUGUGACGGUUCCGACCCGGAGCUUCUAACUUAUGUUUGUAAAGUCAAUGUACAGUUUUGGUUCUG